AAACCAGCAGGUUUUUUUGGGUUGCAAAACAGGUGCGUUUGAACUUUGAAACGGACUGAGUUAACUAUGAACACUGAGAGACUGAGAGCCUACUCACAGCUGAGUGCAGACGAGAAUGGAGACACCCGGCCGUCCCCGAGCCCUGGAAUAAACGAAACUCAGCUGUUUGAAGCACAGAAGAUGUUGAAAGAUGACUUGGAAGCUGUCAAAAGGCACCUGUUCGCCCAAGCGAAGUCCGUGGAAGCCUUCAAUCGAACCAUCACCCUGCUGGAAAGAGAGAGAAGCCAGCAGUUUAACAAGAUCAGAGCAUUUCAAGAGGAGCUCCGCAGGCUAGGCCAGGUUGUGGACAGACAGAACCAAGACUCGCAGCUAGAGAAGCGUUUCCAGGCCCUGAGCCAGGAGCUGUCUGGGAAGCUGCUCUUCCUUCGAGGCCUCAUUGAGCAGGGAACCACCCAGCACCUCCAAACUCCACUCCCAGGCUGCAGCCCAGGCCUACCCCUGUGUGACAGUCAGAGACAGGAGGCCCUCAAUGACAUCACCCAGGAGAUAUCUGAGAGCAAGAAGUUCUUAUGGGAAGAAAUGGAGGCGAUCAGGGCAGAAAUUGAUGACAUCAAGCAGAAACUCAGCAAGUAUUCCUUUAUUUCCAUGGCAACAGAAUCGAUUAACCCUUUACUGUCCUGGAUCUACCAGUGCAGUUACAGGAGUUCUAGGCUAAUGAAACAAUUUCAUAAUUCCUACCACAGCCUUCCACCAAGUAAAUCAAUAUAUCCAUUAGUUUAUAAAUACCUUUUAGAGGUGAUUCAUUUUGUCAAAUUGGGUGAAACCACAUGACUAGGUAACCUAUUCCAUCCCCUCACCACUCUCUGUGUGAAGAAGAGUCUCCUUCAGCAACAUGACUAGGUAACCCAUUCCAUCCCCUCCCCACUCUCUGUGUGAAGAAGAGUCUCCUUCAACAACAUGACUAGGUAACCCAU